AUGAAAUUCGCUCUUCUACUGAGUGAAAGUCUGGUCCCUGAAUGGCGAGCCCAGUACCUCGAUUACAAGGCUGGAAAAAAACGUCUCAAGAAAAUUGGGAAAAAUAUUUCAAAUCCUCCUCUUGUUCAAGAAUCUUCCUCUUUGCAAAGCUUCUCAGCUGGUGCCAGAGAACAAGCUGAUGUUAUUUCAAGACCUACCCCAGCUAAGGUACCUGCUCCAGCCGCAGAGCAUUCUAGCGAUGACAAUGCUCCUCCACCCACCACAGCUCCAAAUGUCGACCAUAAAGCUGUCUUAGAAGGCUUCUCUUUAGGACCCCCAGCUGCUACUUCCUCUUCUUCAGAGCUCCCUCAACAGGAAAUCUCCACUCAAGAUGCUACGACUUCUUUCCAUACACCCGCUACUCCGUUUUCUUCGCUAAACAAACCGAAUACUCAGUAUGGAACCAUUGCAGAAACAGAUCCUCUGACUCCCUUAGUCCCACCAGCAGGCAUGUCAAAGCUUCCUACUCAAGAUACCAACAUUGUCACAGAUCAAUCGCCUUUGCUUGAUCCUUCACACAAUAGAUACAAUCCACGACCAGUCCAACAAGUAGGCCCUGAACCAGGAAUUACUUCUACAAUUAAAAAAAACGUGACUUUUAAAAAUCUUGUUGACAAGAUACCUGCACAAAUCAAGGCCUUAGGUAAUGGAUCCCAACAAUCCUCAAUGGCUAUUCGUUUUGAUGAAAUGUAUACUUUGGAAGAACAAGACUUUAUGGAUUGGCUUGACAGCGAAUUUUUAAAAAUCCAAACAUUUUACAAAAAAAAGGAAGAUGAAGGCGUUGAACGGUAUUUAAUUCUUCAAGACCAACUUUUUAAUUUGCGUGAGCAACGUUAUAAUCAAAAGGCAAAGCAAGAAAAGAAAACUGCUCGGUUAGUUUCUUCAAAUUAUCCUACUCUUGCGUCAUCUCAAAAAAUUUCAAAGGAAAUUAAACAUAAAAUCACGCGCAAGUUUGAUCUCCCAUCUCUUCCAACUUCUCUCCAUAAUCUUUUCUUUACCCCAAUACAAGACCACGAUGAAGAGGAAUUGCGAGAAGACUUUUAUCGCUCUACCAAAAACAGAAUUGAUAAAGAAAGUCUCACAAAUACCCCCGAUAGAUUGGAAGCUGCUUCCCGUAGAGCUUCUAUACGACCCACUUCUAGCUAUGGAUCAGUUCACACCACAGGUGCAGAGGGUAACCAAGCUGCAAAUGCUCGUCAACGCAGACACAUUAUUUCCCAUGAAAAUGAUGAUGAACAAGAAGAAGUGAUAAACCCUAUGACUGGUCACACUAGAGAUUAUACACGUCGUGUUCGUGAUCAGAAAAUUUCCUACUCUGUGGCUCGUCGUCAACUUAAAAUGGCCGUUGUUGAACUCUACCGUGAACUUGAAAUGCUCAAGUCUUACCGCUCACUUAAUCUCACAGGUAUGCGCAAGAUUUUGAAAAAGUUUGACAAAACCAGCGGUCAUCACUCGCUUCCAGGGUACAUGGCAAAAGUCACCCAGAGCUACUUAAACAAGACUGAAAUUUUGGACGAUUUGAUUGCGAAAACUGAGGAUAUGUUUGCCAUCUACUUUGAAAAUGGUAAUCACAAAAUGGCUGUUGAAAAACUCCGUGCAAAUGCAGUUCAUGAAGAACAUUAUACGGAAACCUUUCUUACUGGUCUUUUCAUUGGUCUUUCAAUUCCAUUCAUCAUUCGUGCCACUUGGAUGGGUCUUAAGAGUCUUCAUGAAGGAGAUCCCGACGCUUUAUUUCUUUUCCAAAUCUGGGGCGGGUUUUUCCUCAUCAUUAUGAUGCUUUGUCUUUUCGCUGUAAAUUGCAUUGUCUGGACUUUUUACAAAAUUAAUUACCCGUUUGUGUUUGAAUUUAAUCCAUUGCAUCAUCUAAGUUCUAAUCAAAUUGGUUCUGUGCCGUCAUUUUUGCUCUUCAUCAUGAGCAUCCUUGGUUGGCUUUGUUUUGAAGAUUUCUGGGAAAAGGAUUUUCGCCAAAUUUAUUUCCCUCCAAUUUUUUUGGUUUUCUCCGUUGUCAUUUUACUUUGGCCCUUUGGAGUUUUCCACCUUAAUGCUCGUAAGUGGCUUUCAAUUGCAUUUUGGCGUGUUUUCUUUUCGGGCUUUUACCCAGUUGAAUUCCGAGAUCUCAUUGUUGGAGAUAUUUGCUGCUCUCUCACUUACUCUAUCAGUAACGCUGCCUUUUUUUUCUGUCUCUAUGCUACCCACUGGAGCGGCUUGGUUUCUGGGAAUACCUCUGGUUCCUUGUGCGGCUCAAGCCAUUCCCGUUGGAUGGGCUUUUUGUCUGCCCUACCGGGUAUUUGGCGUUUCCUACAAUGCGGCAGGCGAUACCUUGACUCUGGAGAUGCUUUCCCGCACUUGGCAAACAUGGGCAAGUACACUUUACUCAUUUGUACCAAUGCCUUUUUAAGCGCCUACCGUAUCCGCCUAAACUCCAGUUCUCUUCGCACGUCUUACAUAGUGUUUGCUAGUUUAAACACUCUAAUGAGCUCCUUUUGGGACUUGUUUAUGGAUUGGUCUUUGAUGCAAAUUGGUUCCGCAAACUUUUUGCUACGAGAUGAAUUGGCCUUUAAGUCAACUUUGCCUUACUAUUUGGCCAUGGUUGUAGACCCUAUUUUGCGAUGCAAUUGGAUUUUUUACAUCAUCUAUGCUAAUCAAGUCCAACAAUCUGCCAAAGUAUCAUUUUUUGUUGCUCUUUCAGAAGCUUUAAGAAGAUUCAUUUGGGUUUUUUUCCGUGUGGAAAAUGAACAUUGCUCCAACGUUACGCGCUUUAGAGCUUCAAGAGACAUUACUUUGCCAUACACCAUUGUCAAACGCAAAGAGUCACCACUCAUUAAAGGCCAACCUGGCACCAAACAAGAGCAAGAAUCAUUGCUUGGCGGUGUUCGUCCUGAUGACGAGGAAAGUAUGGUUGGCACCAGUGCCGAUGCUGGGGCUGGGGCUGGUGAUGGUGCUGGUGCUGGUGCUGGUGCUGGUUCUUCCGUUUCUGGUGCUGCCCAAACAACACCUGACCAGCAACAGUCCCAGCAACACGAACAGGCACCAACGCAACAAGAGCUUACAGAAGCACUACAACGCAAGGCAACGUUUGGUCAGCGGUUGUAUCGUUUCAUGGAGCCAUUGCUUGAGACGAUUGGUAAAACACUACAAACUGCGCACGUGCGAGACUUUGAACGCCGCAAAGAUAAACCCAAAAAUGGUGAAGAAGGAUCUGGAAGCCCCGGAGAUACGGAUGACGAAGAAGAGGAAGACGAGGAUAUUGAGUUUGCAGAAGAACAAUAUUUGGAAGAACUUAUUGAUAGUGAUGGUGGUUUAGCUUCACAAUCAGAUGCUCACGGGACUAGUCGUCUCCAGUCGCCGAGGUUAGCGGCUCGUCGGCGCCAGCGCCGUCACGCUGGUAGUAUAGGCAGUACAGGCAGUGCAGGCAGUGGUGGUGGUGGGUCGAGCCACCACAAUAGUCAACACAAUAGUGUUUCUAGUCUUCGGAACCAAUCUCAAAUGGAGUCCGAAUCAGCUCGUGAUUGGCGUGACAAGUUUUUGUAA